AUGAUCCUCAAAGCCGUCGCUGACCACCGCCUCUGGAUCUGGCAUGCAUACUUCGGUGUAGCCGGGUCGAACAACGACAUCAACGUCCUCAACUCGUCCACCCUCUUCGCCGAUCAAUGCAGGAGUCGCGGCUUGGCCAUCAAGUUCACUGCCAAAGGCUGCCAAUAUCAUAUGGGGUACUAUUUGGCCGAUGGCAUAUACACAAGGUGGCUUGUUUUUGUGAAGACGAUCAGCUGCCCAAUGGGUGACAGGAGAGUCUUGUUUGCGGCAAAGCAGGAGUCUGCGCGGAAGGAUGUGGAGCGGGCUUUUGGUUCGAACAAGAAGCUGGACAUAUCACCGAUUGGGUCGAUGAUGAAGGUGGAUCUAGCUCCAGCACGACAACCCCGCCUGUCGCUCGAGGUUCUAGAGAGACAGAUCUCAAUGCGCAGCCAACAAGACCAUGCGGCGCUCAUGAACGACAUGAUUGAAGAAGUUUGGAAGCGUAACGGCCAUUAA